UUCACGGAACGAUCGACAGUAGACAAUCUGCGGAGCAGCAGAGAGGUUGCCUGCAGUCAAGCACGCGAAAACAACAUCCUCCUCUUCCACUAAUCAAUCAGCAGCGUUUUGUGGUGAUUGCGUUAAUCGUGCACCGAACGUGAUACGUGUCGGAUCGAUCGUUCCGGGAAUUCGGAACUUUUUGCGUGUGCGAGACAGGACACUCGCAAGUAGUUCGUACCAAUAGUACUGGAAGUGAUUGCCAUAACCUAAAUCCUGAGUGAGAUAUGAUCGAGAAGCGGAAGAAUCGGUAGAGAAACCCGUCCCACCGUAUAUACGUCUAGACCCUCGGAGGGGAUCUAUCUCGCUUCCAUCAGAACGAUCACUCUCUCUAUCUCUCUCUAUCUCGCUCUUACGUUCAGUGUUCUGAAACGAUCGGCGGGGAUUCCGGUUUUUGUGGUGCUUCUGCUCUGUGCCCUGCCUAUAAUCGUUAUAAAAACCAUACUACCAACCCGUCGCUGCAGUUCAGUGUGGUGGUGUCGAUCGUCCACAACGGACACCAGACAGCAGAGGAGUGUGUGAUUCGAGCUGCUGGUUCGAGCUCUCGUGUUUGUGUGUAGGUCAUUGUGUGAUUAGCGUGAAGAUGGGCAUCAGACGGGACGAAAGCGUUGCACGGCUACUGCUGCUACUGGGCUGCGUUGCACUGCAGACUUCGGCAGCACUCGCACAGUCGCAGCAAACCUUCCGCUCGCAACCACAGUACGGCAAUCGUGGUUCCUCGUUCGCUGCUCCCGCACUAACACAGGCAGCACCGGCACCCGUUGUGUCACAGCCGCCGGCGACGCGGGAUACGUUCCGGUACAACCCGGCGUCGGCCGCCGUUACCGAGCUGGCCCGGCUGAUCGGCAGCAUACUGGGGCAGCAGAGCAAGGCCGCCGUCUUCUCGCCCGUCAGCAUUGCGUGCGCCCUGUCGCUGAUGCUGCUCGGGGCGGAGGCCAAAACCAAGGACGAGCUGAUCCAGGUGCUCGGGUUCGAGCAGUAUCGGAACCAUCUGCACAACAUCCACCAGCUGUACAGCGACAUGCUGAAGGAUCUGGCCCGGACCGAGUUCGACCGGCGGCCGCCACACUGGCGCACCUCCAACCCGUGCUACGACGAUGACGACGAGGAGGAUGCGGCGGCCGCUGCGGCCGAAUUCCCGCUCCAGAAGGACGUGAUACGCGUCACGAACGCGGUGUUUGUGCAGGAGGGCUUCCCGCUGAAUGGUGGCUUCACGUACUACUCGAACCGGUACUACAGCAGCAAUGCCACCAACGUACCGUUCGCCGCCAAUCCGGCCAAGGCAGUGGCACUGAUCAAUGCGUGGGCAGCCCGCAGCACCGAGGGCCGGAUCCGGGACAUCGUGUCCGAGUCGGUGGCGGCCGACGCGGAAAUGAUCGUCGCGAGCGCUCUGUACUUCAAGGGGCUUUGGUCGGAACCGUUCGAGCCGCAGGCGACCGAGCUGAAACCGUUCUACCCGGACGGGUACGGGCGAGAGUUGAAGCUGAUACCGAGCAUGUCGACCGUUGGCUGCUACCCGUACUACGAUUCGCCCGAGCUGGACGCGAAGAUCGUUGGGCUGUCGUACCAGGGCAACAAGUCAGCGCUGUACAUCAUACAGCCGAACAAUAGUACGCGCCAGAGGAUGCAGGAGUUCCAGCGCCGCCUAACGCCGGCCAUGAUCGGCGAGCUCGUGUCGAAGAUGACGCAGCGCAAGAUGUACCUGCAGCUGCCGAAGAUGCAGAUCACCAACACGAUCAAUCUGCGCGACGUGCUGCAGCGGCUCGGGCUGCACACGAUCUUUAACCGCGGCCAGAGCGACCUGUCCGGGAUGGUGGCGGUGCCACCACUGUCGGUCGAACAGUUUGCGACCCGGUUUGGCUUAGCGGAUACCGAACGGCCGGCCGACCCAACGGCCGUCAUCUUUCCGCACGAGGACCACUACUCCCAGCCGCAACUGCAGCAGUCGUCGACAGACAUACGGCGCGGUACGAGCAACAGUAACAACAUCAACGCUGCAACUGGCCAGCAGCAGGAGCCGGCAAGGGGAGCCGGCCCCCAGCUGCACGUGAGCGAGUUCAUUCACCGGGUCGAGCUGGAGAUCAACGAGAAGGGUACGGAGGGUGGGGCGAUCACGUCGUCCACCAUCUUCCGGGCGCUACCGUCCAUCAAUUUGCGCAUCGACGCACCGUUCCUGCUGCUGGUCGGGCAUGACGAAACGCGACUGCCCCUGUUUUACGGCACGAUCUACGAUCCAACGCCCGGUUGGAUUUUCCAGUUUUGGGUAUUUCCAGCAGUUGAAGCAGUCGGGUUGAAACUUGUUCCCGCCAGUCCACCAGCGUCUGUUCGAUCCCAAAACCGACUAUCACGACAAACAAUCAUUCGGAACGGUUGCCACAUUGCUAAACUGAGCACGUACUCGUACAGCCGUUCGAACCCUGUCUCCACAAUGAAACACUUGCAAAUGCUUCCCAUUGCACUGUGCGUGCUUCUGGUGCCGAUCGUUCACGGUCAGUGGAAUCGGUACUACACACCAGCCCCGCCAGCGCGCUACACACCAAUGGUGCGUACGGCGCAGCGAGUCGCACUGCGUCACAGCUUUGAAACCGAUGGCACCCCAGCACCUUCCACGGUUCGACCUCGCCCACCGGCCCCACCGACCAAUGCACCGAGCCAACUGCCUGCACUAACCCCGGACAAUGAUGCCAAAAUCUCCCAGCUGGUCGUUGACUUUAUGAUGCGCAUCAGCCGUACGCUGCCGCAACAGCAAAGCCGCACCGAGCUGUUCUCACCGCUCAGCAUCAUUACCGUCGCGAACCUGCUGUUCCUUGGGUCGGGCGGAAGUACGCACGAAGAGUUUGGCAAGGUGCUGACACCGUCCAGCAUGAACUGGAAGCGUAUGCAUCAGCGGUAUGGGAACGUGCUGGCGAACCUGAUGUCAUCGGAGCCGAUCGACAGUCGGCGGGAUCAGUGGCGCCGCCAAACGUGCCCGCGCGAUGACGACUACGAAGAUGGAGAAGGUGGUCCGGCUGCAAAGUCACAGGUAAUCCGUGUCGCGAACGGUAUCUUCUACCAGAAGGAUCUGCCCAUGCGUCAGCAGUACGUCAUGCUUGCCCGCAGCCUGUACGGUGCGCUGAUUCAACCGAUCGACCCACAAGCGUCCGCCGCCUCCACCGCGCUGAUCAACCGUUGGGUCAGUGACGUUACCGCCGGCAAGAUACGCAACAUGCUCGAGGGCCCGCUGAGCCCCAGCUCGAGCGUGGUGAUCGCGAACGCGCUCUACUUCAAAGCCAAGUGGAAGACGCAGUUCGAACCGCUCGUAACGCGCGAUGCACCCUUCUUCCCGGACGGGCUCGAUGGGCCGUCGUACCGCGUAAAGAUGAUGAGCAUGAGCGGCUGCCUGCCGUUCUACCGUGUGCGCGACACGCUCGACACCACGAUCGUGGGCCUACCGUACCGGGACGACACCAGCACGAUGUAUCUGAUACAGCCGGCCAACUCGAGCAGGACGGCCAUCCGCCGGCUGCAGGCAACGCUCACCGGCAAGAUGCUCGACUCGUGGAUCAGCCAGAUGAAGCUCCAGUCGACGAUGGUGCGGCUGCCGAAGAUGCACCUCCGGAACAGUGUCGAUCUGCUGCAGUCCUUCCAGAAGCUGGGCUUCAACUCCAUCCUCAGCCCGGCGAAGAGUGACCUCUCGAACAUGAUCGAUAGUAGCAGCAGUGCGGGACCGAAGCCGUACGUGAAUCAGAUCCUGCACAAGCUAGAUCUCACGAUCGAUGAGGAAGGUACGGAGGGUGCAGCGGCCACCUCGGCGCUGGUCGAUCGUAUCGGAUCCCAGCGCCAGUUCAAUGGCAACGCACCGUUCCUGAUCUAUCUGCGCCACGAUGCGACCGGGCUGCCGCUGUUCUACGGGCCGAUAUUCGAUCCGCGCUAAUUGCUUGCUCCCCCCGAUGUCUACACAGGGUGGAAGAGGAUUUACCAAAGAGCUCACACAGUGCGUACUUCUGACGCGUCUCGUUAUUUAUUUAGUGCGCCGCUCCAAAGGGCGGAUGCUCUGGAUGAAACCAGGGAUGGAUUCGAAUUUAACAAGUAUCUUGCAGUAAAUAAAAAAAAACAAGAAGGUAUUAUUAUUUGUAAAGUAAGGUAGAUGAGUAUAAGGUACGCGAAAAAUGUCGGAUAAUGCAUUUGAAACUGUUAGAGUAGCUCGAAGAUACUUAAGUGACGUCAUCAUGAUUGAAGGUGCAUUUUUUUAAUAAAACAAGUCCAUAAAGAACAA